AACGUCAUGCUCGAGGCACGGUGCUCCACACCUAUCCCGUACAUAAUAUGAUCCAAGUCAGUAGCUGUCGUGUGGCCAUAACGGAUAAGAUUCGAUUGGAGGGAACACUGCUGAAAAAACGGAAACCAUUGGAUUCUUCUGAGGACGAGCGGAAAACACAAUGACCAGCAAAAGUCUGCUUCAGCGUCUACAAGACAAAGAGGACGUUGUUGUGGCGGAGGGAUAUCUGUUUGAGUUUGAGAGAAGAGGCUUGCUGAAAGCGGGAGCAUUUGUACCGGAAGUCGUCAUUGAAAGACCGGAUCUGGUGAAAAGUCUUCAUGAGGAGUUUGUCAAUGCCGGAAGUGACGUCUGUUUGGCAUUUACGUACUACGGUCACAGAGAGAAACUCAGAGUUAUCGGCCGUGAAGGUGACCUUGAGAAGUUGAACAGAGAUGCGUUGAGGAUCGCGAGGCAGGUGGCAGACGACACCGGGACACUGAUGGCGGGAGAUCUCUGCAACACGACGGUGUACAGGAAGAAUAACAAGGAAGCGAUUGAGACGACGGAAGCCAUGUUUAAAGAACAAAUAGAGUGGGCGGUGGAGGAAGGAGCUGACUACAUUGUUGGAGAGAGUUUCAGUGAACUAGGGGAGGCCAUGCUUGCCCUUGAGUGCAUCAACAAAUAUGGAAAUGGACUUCCGGCAGUCAUUAGCUUUAUUUCCCAUGCCGUGGACAAAACGUCAGACGGUUUGGCGUUCGGCGUCGCCUGCCGCAGGCUCGAAGAAGCAGGAGCGGCUGCAGUUGGGCUGAACUGUGGGCGUGGUCCCAAGACGAUGCUGCCUCUCAUUAGGGAGAUCAGACAGGCCUGCAAGGGCCCUGUUAUGGCGCUGCCAGUACCAUACCGGACGUGUACAGAACAACCCACGUUCCAGUCUCUCAAAGAUCCAGCCACGGGGAAGAGGGCUUUUCCGGUUGACCUUCCUGCGCAUGCCUGUGGACGAAGUGAAAUUGCCGACUUUGCCCGAGAAGCCAAAUCCCUAGGCGUGCAGUAUGUGGGACUAUGUUGUGGCAGCGCUUCUCACUACAUCCGGGUGGUGGCGGAGGAAUAUGGGCGUCGACCCCAAGCAAGUAGAUACUCCCCCGACAUGGCCCAGCACUUUAUUUUUGGGAAGAACAAAAGUAGCGAGGAUCCUUACCAGCAGGAGCUCAGAAAGAAAGUUACAGGCAGUUAGUUUUUACCGUCAUGUACUUUAGAGAUGUCGCUUUGACGCUUUUAUUUAACUAUGGAUGUAUAUCUUUAUUGAUUGUCAUUACACAAAUAAAAUCCCU